CCCCGCCGCUUCUUUGUCUUCUACCCAGGUCUAAGAAUCGGGAACUAGGCCCUUAGUGAAGCCCACGGUCGGGGUCGGACGGGGCAGGGGCGGGGCCCUGCAGGCCGAGGGAGGAGCAACUAGGGUUUCCCCACCCCCACCCUACUUCCCCGAGAUUUGCUUCGCCCCUAGGCUGAGCUGUGGGGGCCCAGCCCUUGACUGGUACCCCUGAUCCUAUUGCUCCUCCGCCGGGCCUCUCGCUGGAAAAUAAGAGCAGUUGUAGGCUUCCUGGCGCUUUCAGACUGGCCAAGUGCUUUAGCCUUAGGAUCUCCUUGGAGCUUUCCCGCGACCCCAGGAGAUUUCAGAAAAUGACAGAAGAGACAGAUUUCACUGAACAAGACUCUGAUGGAGGUAGUGAGGAGGUGGUACUAACUCCUGCAGAACUUAUUGGAAGACUGGAGCAGGCUUGGCUAAAUGAAAAAUUUUCCCCUGAGCUACUGGAGAACAAAUCCGAAAUUGUAGAAUGUGUCAUAGAACAGUUGGAUCAUAUGGAAAAGAAUCUCAGACGAGCAAAGAAAGGUGAUUUGAAGGUUAACAUCCACCAUAUGGAAGUAGAAAGAAUCCGCUACGUCCUGAGCAGCUACUUGAGGUGUCGACUGAUGAAGAUAGAGAAGUUUUUCCCUCAUGUUCUUGAAAAGGAAAAGACACGGUCUAAAGGAGAACUUUCUAUUCUUUCCCCAGAAGAGUUUGCCUUUGCCAAAGAGUACAUGGCCAACAUGGAAACCUAUCUGAAAGCUGUGGCCUUAAGGCACAUGCCUCCUAACUUGCAAAAGGUGGAUCUCCUAAGGUUAGUUCCCAAACCUGACUUAGAUUCAUAUGUAUUUCUGAGAGUGAAGGAAAGACAAGAAAACAUUUUGGUAGAGCCAGAGACGGAUGAACAAAGAGAAUAUGUGAUUGACUUGGAGGAAGGUUCUCAACAUUUGAUCAGAUACAAAACCAUUGCACCUCUAGUGGCUUCUGGAGCUGUACAAUUGAUUUAAAACUUAAAAGCUUAUAAGGUCAUUGAAGAAAUUACUGGAAUAUCUUGGAGAAUUCUGAUGUUUUUGCUAAAAAUUAGGACAUUUUGCAGAGAUCUCAAAACUUUUUCAGUAGGACUGAAUGGACUAUUGACUAAAAAGGAAGGCAGACAUUCUAAUAUUGUAACUCUACUCUUCUGCUAUUUUAUCCCUUUGUCAGCAGGUGGGGCCAUUGUUCUCUUUAUUUUGAAUGUAAGACAAUAGUUCUUUCAGGUGGACUAUCAAAAAACUGUUUACCAAAUAUAUGUUAAAAUAGAAGGGUUUAUACCUGUAUAGAGCAACUAUUACUUGUAAUAUAUGAAUGGGAGAAUGAGUAUAUUGUGAGACUGGUAGUAUUGUUUUGUUUCAUUUUACUUCCUGGAAUAGUACAAUAUUAACUAGAUGUAUGUAGACAUUGAUGUGCUUAUUUUAGAACAUAGCACCAAAAAAACCCCCAAAAAACAUAGCACCA